AAACAAAACAAAACAAAGAAUUAUCUUGUUUUAAAUCAUUGCACAAGUCUAAUAGGGCGGCCAUGAAUCCCUAUAUAUAAGCAUCACUAACAAUACCUGACUCAAACCAAGAAAAAGAAAAUGCAUAUACGUAGGUAUGAAAGCAAGAUUGGUAUAGCUAUAGCAAUGUUGGUAUGGGUGAUGAUAAAUAUAGACGUAACGUGUGGUCAGAACAUAUGCAACAUGUCGGGGGAGGAUCUGAUGGCGUGCAAGCCGUCGGUGACUCCGCCUCGGCCGCCGCCGCCGUCGGCAAAGUGCUGCUCCGCCCUGUCUCAUGCUGAUUUCAGGUGCCUCUGCUCCUACAAGAACUCCAAGCUGCUGCCAUCCCUUGGAAUAGACCUUAAUCUUGCCCUGCAGCUUCCUGAUAAGUGCAAGCUACCUCAUCCAUCUCAUUGCUAGACACACACACAAUACCAUCCAUGCUACUAUAUUAAUCGCUAUUUUGGAUAGCUUUUAUUUACAAUAUAUAUAUAGAAUAAAUUGUUUCUCAACUAUCAAUUACAAACAAAAUCUCGUCUAAUAUUUAAUUGCGUUUAAUCGUAACUUUAGUGCAUAUAUGCAUCUAUAAUGCUAAAACAUAAUCGUAAUAAUUAUCUAAAAAAAGAUUGGUAAGAGAAUAAUUAAUUCAUAUAAACAAUCUCAAUUCUCAAAUAUUAAAUCUUCCGGUUAGGGAUGAGUCGGAUGACAAUGGGUCAAAUCUGGAUCGGAUCUUAUAAAUAUCAAAUCCAAAUCCGCCCCAAAUUCGACGGGUCCAAAAAUUUGUGAUCCAAAUCCAUAUCCGUCAGAUCCGCGAGUCUACUACUGUAUUGAUUUUAAAUAUUUACUAGUACUCUCCUUCAUGUGAUGCAUGACGAACAUCGAAAUUAGACGAUAUAUUUAAAUAAAUAAAUAUAAAUACUAAACAAAACUAAAUAUAAACAAAAGUAAAAAUAAAAUAAAAUAAUUCACAUCAAUUACUCAGUAAAAUCCUGAAUUUGAAAAUGUAAAUUUCAACUUAUAUAAAGUAUAAUGAUAAUUAUAGUUAUUAAAUAAAUUUAAAAAUUAGUAUUUGAUAACAAAAAUUAGAGUUAGGUGUUAUUAUUAUAAAGUAUUAUGCGUCAUAAUAAAUACUCCAUAUAAAUAUUUUCAUACACAAACAUAAAUAAAAAGUUGUAAAUUUUAAAUGAAGACAAAAAAUACAAUAUUUAAAUUUUAAAUUUUUCAUAACUUAUUCAUCUUAAAUAUUUAUUUUUGAUGGUUUUUAUACUAUAUUAAAUUUAAGAUACAUAUUGAAUGUUUUUUCAUGAAUCAAAUUUGACAAUGUUUAGAAAAUAAUUUUUUUUAAGAAUAGUAGAAAAAUUAGUGGAUGAAGAGAGAGAAAAAAAGAGGAAAAAAUGGAGGGAAGAAACUCCUCUUUUAUAUAUUAUAUAGAUUUAUGUUUUAUACAUUUAUAUUGUGUAAAGUAUUAGUAUUGUGUAUUGAUGUUUAAGGUAUUAUUAUUGUGUAUUAAUUUUUUUAAUACUUAUAUUUAUGUUUUAUAUUAUUAGAAAAGUAAAUAUAAAAUAUAAAUAAUAUAUAUUAAAAAAACGGGUCCACGGGUCGGAUUUGCGGCGAAUCCAAAUCUAAAAUUUCAAGAUCCAGAUCCAUUUUAUAAAUUGAGAUUCACAUUCGGUUCAAAUUUAUUGGAUUCAAAAUUUUGAGAUCUAAACCCUAAAAAACGAAUUUAAAUCCAUAGAUGUGGGCCGAGUCCAAUGUCCAUUGCCAUCUCUACUUCUGGUGCAUUCAUCUUAUUUAAUUUCACUUUCUUUGGGUGUCAAUAUAAAAGUAGGAGCUAAUUGUCUAAGAACUCAUGAUUUAUUAAGUCAUUUACAAGUAUUACUUGACUAUAGGUUCGAAAAUUUUCAAGCCGGCCCGUAAUCCCUCAGUGGCCCGUUGAGGAUACAUAAAUACAAUUAUACAAAAGUUGAGUGCCACAGUUAAAUUUCCAUGAACUUAAGGGGGUCAAAUUGAAAAUACCCUUUUAUAUUUUUGAAAUAGGGUUUUAAUACAGAAGCCCUGAAAACCCCUCCAACCACGGAAUUAUGGGGAAAUCAAAAGAGAAGAAGAAUAUAUCAUUGGAAGGAGAAGAGGAGAGCGCAAAUGCGAGAAUGGAGAAGCAACUGGAAACUCUAGAUGUCAAAAUCAAGGCAAUUAGCGAAAACCUAGAGAGGAAAACCUCACCAAUAAUCGGAUAUUUUCCGUCCGGAUUUGACCCGUUGAAGAAUUCGGAAGAAUCGGACUCGAAAGCCGGAGCUAACUGUAGCGUGAAGGUCUACAAGAAUCCAAACUCUCGAAACCCCAAAAACCCUAGAAUGGAGGUUGUGGUGGGAGUGGGCGGGUCCGCCGUUAAUUUUGUAGGAACGAACUAUUCCGGCGAGGCGAGGACGCCGCAGCUCUGUAAUUAUGCUCUUGGGGUGUUGGAUAAGGAUACUGGAGUGCUGAAGUUGGUUCCUAUUGCUGCUAAUAAGAUAUUCAGGUUGGAACCGAAAGUUGCUGGGCUGGAGCAGCCUGAAAUUGAAACGCCAGAUGCCGAUAAGGAAGUUGAUACCAAUGAGGAGAAGAACUUCAGGAAUGUCCCACCCAUUUAUUCAACUAAGAAAGAUAUCAGAAAGGAUGAGAAACGUGAAGCCUUACGUCAGACAGAAGAUCCGGGAGCGCAAGAAGGUGUGGGACAUAAAUUGGAGGGGAUCAAGGUGAAAAUGGAGGCACUUGAAGCAAUGGCUUCAACUGCUAAUGCUCGCAAUAUCCCUCCACAUAAUUUGGAAGCCAAUGAGGCAGAGAUGGCCUAUCCACUCGACAGGAUCAUUCUAAAUGGGGAGUGGGAUUACCUUCAAGACAUUUUCGAAAAGGUGCAUGCUGGAUCAGAAUUGGCCCCUGAUGUUUACCCAAGUUUUGUUCUCAAUCGAGUUCAUACACUGCAAAAAACCAAGGAUGAGUCGAAUAGAAGAAGGAUGGCCGGCAUCUUGUCAUACAUCACUCAUCUCAUCCAUUUCAAGGACAGACACUCUAUGGAUGGUGUGUCGUCUGCAAAGCAUCACAAACUGCCUAGCAUCUUAUCCCAGAAGUUCUCCACCAUGUUUGGUUCCAAUAAGGAUAAACGGAUUCCCCAAGAUAAACUUGAUCUUCUGAUAAGCUACGUUCUGGUGCUCUCCCUCUUUGCUGACGAUUUUCGCUCAGACCCUUCAGACAUCGCCAAGGAUCUCCGAAUGAACACUCUGAUGCUGAGAACUCACUACGAGUUCUUAGGCUGCAAGUUUGUGCGUGAAAACAUGUCUCUGGUCGCGAUCCUCCCCGUCCCACUGGAAUUCCAGACAAACAAGAAGAGGAAAAGGCGAAAGUAGGUCUCUCAUCACAAUAGACAGAAAGCCAUUCUUGUUGAGUGUGUUCAUCUGGAAAAUUUCUCUCUUUGAUAACCAGCUUGCAAUUUUGACCUGCUUCCCUUAUUGAGAUAUAAAGCCCAUGUUGUUCUGUUACAAAAAUUCUUUGCUGAAGUGAAACUGUGAUGCUAUAUAUUUUUGUUGCCCUAUAAUGAAAAUUCAUUUCAAGUACUA